UAGCUACGGAAACCUACAGACAAAUCUACUUCCUUAAUUUUCUUCCCACAUUGCAACAUAAUCCUCCCGUGAUCACAACCGACCCACCUUUGCUUUCGAUAUGUAGCGUGACUCAUAAAGAGCUAGUCGAUGUCAAUUGUCCUGUCACCUUAUGCCUUUCUCUAAGGCGCAGUUGCUGGUGCGACACUCCUUCCAUGUUGCUAUGGCCCUUCCCACUACUUGUGAUGCACGGAAACAAGCCAGAUGCAUGCAGGCAAAGUAAGGUAGGUUGUCGCCUUUUCAGUUUGUAGGAUAGCCAAUCGCUCAUGCCGAGCGGUAUGGUACGGUGCCAGCUUCUUUAGUUUGUAAGAUAGUUAAUCGCUCAUGCCGAGCGGUGGGGUAGGCUGCCGACCGGAGCUGGUGAAAUCUAAGCCUAAACUUGUUGAAAAUGCGUCGAUGAAGAAAGAGGUAAAGUGAUAUCCUAUGUUCAAUUGAACCCCAAUCUUGUCUGAUUUGUUUUAAUAAAUAUGAGUUGAGAAGCUUUGUAUCUGCGGUCAAUUUAGAGGCUUAAUUUUUUGCAGGGUCAAUCGUGGUCGAAAGCUUACACAACUGUUUUUUGUUCAAUGAAGUUUUCUUGCAUAUGUUCUUGGGCAUGCGUCUUUUCUCUUUCUUUCUCGUGAUUUUCAUGAUUUCGUGUUGUAAUUUGACAUUUGUUUAAUGGUAUGCGAAAUUUCUCUAAAAAGAACUGUUUUUGUUUUGUUUUGUUUUGUUUUGGAAUCGCAUGCUCUUCUAGUUGCACAUGAGUUGGAAGUUGUUGGUUCUUGUUGGGCUGGCAACUCCAAUGCUAGUGGGAUCGGUUGGAAGUUAAUUAAAUUAUGUCGAAGCGACAGUUACUGCUCUGUUUUGUAAUGUCUUCUUCGUCAGUAUGACCAGUACUGGAGUAGACUUGUAGGAGAAGGGAGAGUACCCACACACCCCAUGAACAGAAAAUACGAAAAAAAUAGGAAAAACAUCCAAAAUUCUGGAAUUUUGUGGCAUGAAACAUGAUAGCAAAAUUUCAUCGACAAAUAACAUCCACUCACACAAAAUAAAACAAUCAGUCCUCAAAGUUUUGUGCAAUGGUUUUAUUUUGUUGUUGAGAGCUUCUCAAAUGUUAUUUGUGGACGAAAUUUUACAAAAACCUAAAACAUUUUAUCAUGUUUUUAUGCCACAAAGUCUCAGAAUUUUUGCAUGUUUCUUUUAAUUUACUGUUUAUCCGGGUGUAGUACACCCCGGAGUUGCCACACCUUUCCAGGUGUACCCACACACCCCAUUAACAGUAUAUUCGAAAAAAAAAAUCCAAAAAUUCUGAAAGGGUGGCACAUCUCACUGUGGCCCUGGAAAGGAAUGCACGUGUCGGACGGGAACGAGACUAACCAAUGAAAGGAAAUUAAUUAAGGUAAAUUACCGACCAUGACACUAUGACUGAUUAUCGUUUGAAGCGUACUCAUUGAUCGCUUCAGAUUUGACAAAUAAAUAAAUAAAAGAUUUGACAAAUAAAUAAGUAAAUAAUAAAAAAGAUUUGACAAAGAAAUAAAAUAUUACAUUACAAUGGAAAUAUUUGUUCCAUUAAUUCGAUAUAUAUCUUCUAUAUGUAUCCAAUUUAUGAACAUGCACAUAUAUGCAAGAUAUAAACCGAUCGAUCCUGUUGAGAAACCCCGCAGGCAAUCAGCUGAUCAUACAUUCAUAUCUGUGAGCUCGAAGCGCGCGCGGCGCCUGUCGAUCGAUCCAUCGCCACACCGCACUGCUAGAGUUCGGCGCCUUAUCACGACCAGAAUCACUGCAUUUCAAGAAAUGCGGGCGCCGUUCUGCCUCGUCGUCGUCGUCGGUGUGCUCCUGCUGCUCCGGUGGCCAGCGUCGAGCCUCGCUUCGGUGCAGGUGGCCCGGACCAUCACCGUGGACCAGCUCGGAGGAGGGGACUACACGACGGUGCAGUCGGCGGUGGACGCCGUGCCGGACGGCAACAGCCAGUGGGUCAAGAUCUAUGUCAAGCAUGGGAGCUACAGAGAGAAGGUGAUAAUCCCAAGUGAAAAGGGCUUCAUCUUGCUCGAAGGUGACGGCUCCUCGUCAACGGACAUCAACUUCGACUCGCACGUUGACGGCGUCGACGCGCCCGGCAUCACCCCUAUCACGGGCCGCCUGCGCGGCAACCUCGCGGAAAUCUCGCCGACGUACAACAGCUCCACCUUCAUAGUCCAUUCCGACAACUUCGUCGCCCGCAACAUCGCCUUCAAGAACACGUACACCGGCAACAAGCCCGCGGUUGCGUUCCUCAUGGACGGCGACAAGGGCGCGUUCUACGACUGCGCCUUCCACGGGUACCAGGACACGCUCUCCGACCUCGCCGGCCGGCACUACUUCCGCCACUGCCUCGUCGAGGGCGCCGUGGACUUCAUCUUCGGCUACGGGAAGUCCAUCUACGAGGACUGCACUCUCCAGUCGAACAUGGCGGCGUCGUCCCAGCAGCCCGGGUGGGUGACGGCGCACGGCAGGGCCGCCGACAAGAGCGCCGCGUUCGUGUUCAAGGGCGGUUCGAUCACGGGCUCCGGGCAGCAGUACCUCGGCCGCGCGUGGAACGAGCAGGCCACCGUGGUGUUCUACCAGGUGAACAUGGCCGGCAUCGUCGUCCCGCAGGGGUGGGACAAGUGGACCCCCAGCCAAGAUGUGUCACAAGUGACGUUUGCGGAGGUCGGAUGCAGUGGCCCGGGUUCCGGCACCAGCGGAAGAGUGCCAUGGGAGAAGCACAUGAACAAUGCAGAUGUGCAGAGAUUCGUGGACAUCGGGUUCAUCGACGACGGUUGGCUAUCCAAUCAACCUUAGUUGUGGCUCGCCCACAAAAAAAAAAAACCCUAGUUGUGGAUGGAUAGCUAGUGGCGAAAUACACCCGGAUGUAUAUUCAAGGUUCAUGGUCUGAUGUAAUGGGGGAAGAAGGGCUUAGGAUUGACCAACAAGACAAAGAAAUUAGGAAUUUCGUAGGAAUUUUAGAGAAUUUCAAUCCUUAUUAACAAGUUUAUAUGUAUGGGCCUCUCUGA